UCAUUUAUCACAGUUUUAAUUUACCCCAAUAAUGACGCUGAUUGUCAAUAUUCUUCUGUUUCUUCUACCAUUCUUUUGCCAUCUUCUCAUUCUUACCGCCCAGCAGGACCGACCUUAUGUUAAUUCAACCUGUUUCAAUGAGAAAGGAACCUACACAGACAAAAGUGCCUAUCAUACCAACCUCAAAACCCUUCUUUCCAAUCUCACCUCCAACACAGCAGAUGACUAUGGCUUCUAAAAUUCCUCGUACGAUGAAAACCCCGACACAGUUUAUGCAUCUGGACUCUGCCGAGGAGAUCUUACGCCAGAUGCUUGUCGUAGUUGCCUGAAUAAUGCUACGAGUCUUCUCCCACAGAAAAGUCCACAUCAGAAGGAGGCAUUUAUAUACCAUGACUCGUGCAGCUUUCAAUAUUCAAGUAGCUCAAUGUUUGGCAUAUAUCAGAACCCUGAUUUUUUCUACGCAGUUAAUAACCCAAGUGAUGUAGCAGAUGCAGACCAGUGUACACUUGCGCUUGAUCGGCUAAUGCAAGAUCUUAAUACCAAAGCUGCAGCUGGUGGCCCUAAUAGCAAGGUGGCUGAUGGAAAAGCCUCAAUGCCGUUUCAAUAUGUACAUGGUCUUACUCAGUGCACGCCUGAUUUGACUGAGCAAAAUUGCGAAGCUUGCUUGAAAAAGGUGAUAUCAGAUAUCCCAUUUUGCUGUCAAAACAAGGUUGGAGGUAGGGUUAUCAAACGGAACUGCAAUCUCAGAUUUGAGAAGAACCGGUUCUAUAAUCCUAAUGCUGUUGAUACAAUACAAGUAUCUUCAUCUCCUCCUCCUUCUUGCACUACUACUCCGUCACAAGGACCCGCUGUUUCACCUAACAUUCCAUCUACCAGAGAAGGCACCUAGCUACUUCUGCCUCAGUGAUGUAGUUUGAUAUAUGUGCGUUGUUCUCUUAUUUGCAGGUUAUCCAAAAAUUAUUCACAACUAUGAAACUAGACUUCAGUAAUUUUAUUGUUGUGGUUCUCCGUGUAUCUGGUCAAGAAACAUGUCA